CAAAUGGCGAUAAACUGUAACUGCAGUGUACUAUAUCAUGUAUAAUCAAUUAAUGCUAACUCUGCCGGACCACAUUUUACUUGUCAAACAGAUAACAAAAAUUUUCAUUCCUCAUUGUGAUCAUCAAAAUUCCAAGAACAACAGAUCAAGUGACAGUUUUGAUUUCCUCAUCAGCGUUAAACACCAAAAUGGCACUGUAUCCAUCUCUCGAAGACAUGAAGGUGGAUCAAAUGAUGAAGGCUCAAUUGCAAUCAGAAUAUGCUGAGUACAUACCCCAGAUGAACACAAGUACAGCUCCACUAGCUCCAUCAGCUCCAAGUGCCCAUCAACAAGGCUAUGAUGCACUUUCUGGAGCAUUGUAUCCAGCCCUGGGAGACUAUAUGGGCCUUGAAUUAACGGCUGAAAUGAUUGAAGCCAAUAUGCCUGAGUAUUCGGUUGCCAUUCGGGAAUCAAUGGCAGUUGCCACAUCAAGACCAAUUUCUGGAAUGAUUGCACCAAUCUCUGGUGAUUCUGAGGGUUUAAAACGAGCUCAAGUGACAAAUGCUAUUAGAGAGUUGACGCUCUGUAAAGAUAAAGAUGGCAAAAUUGGACUGCGUGUGCACUCAAUAAAUAGUGGAAUCUUUGUUUGUCUUGUAAGUCCCAAUUCUCCAGCAGCUCUUUCAGGCCUCAGAUUUGGUGAUCAAAUCCUCGAACUCAAUGGAACUUCUGUUGCUGGUUUUUCAAUGGAUCAGGUGCAUAAAUUAUUCAAAAAUGCUCCGGUUAAUGGCAUCACAGUAGUCGUCAGGGACAGACCUUUUGAGCGCACAGUCACAAUGCACAGAGAUAGUUCAGGCCAAAUUGGAUUCCAAUUUAAAGACGGAAAAAUAAUAGCACUCGUUAAGGACUCAUCAGCAGCUAGGAAUGGACUCCUAACAGAUCACCAAAUAUUGGAAGUCAAUGGAAAGAAUGUUGUUGGACUGAAGGACAAAGACAUUGUUGCGGAAAUAUCAAAUGGCCCUGCCGUCAUUACCAUCACAGUAAUUCCUUCAUACAUCUACGAUCAUAUGAUCAAGAAGAUGUCAAACAGCCUCUUGAAGCUGAUGGAUCACUCAUCUGCCAACUUCUGAAUGUUUCCGUGACGAAGUUAUGAUAUUUUUAUUUUUAUCAUUUUCACUAUCAAUAAUCAUCUGUAUAGAGUAAUGGAAUAUUUUAUACAGGAAAGUGCCAAUCAACAGUUGCUUCAACUAUUGCAAAUUUCAUUUCUGGACUUAGAUGACGUCAGAUCGGUACAGAUAGACCACAGUAAUUUCAGGAAAUUCAUUUAUUUAGAAAACGUGCAUAAGGGAGGGUGGGAUAAGGACACAUGAGGGGAACUGGACACAUUAAGGGACUUAAUCUCCUUUCACCACUUCCCUCCUGAUUUCCUGAUCUUCAUUGCCAUUGAACCAACUUAAAUUAAAAGGUGUCUGUUUUACCCCACCCACCCCUAUAUUAUUCUAUAAUAUAAACUAUAAAAUAUAAAAAAAGAUAACAGAAAAUAACAGAUAUAUUAUACCGUUAUUACAUAUGAACAUCAGUAGAUGUGUGGAAAUUUAUCAUGUUAAUAUACUUUUUCACAUACUAUUAUCAUUAUUAUUGAUUGUAAGAGGUAAUAAAGAAUCCCUUAAACAAA